UUCAUUGGCGCUCAGAUUCUCAAGGUUAGGCCUGCCUCUGUGUGGACGAUAUUUUUGGGAGAAGAGAAAUUUUUACUAAAAUUAUUUGACCCCGGUGGCCAACGUCCCUCUGGACUCUUGCCUCCUCUGUUGGCUCUAAUUUUAACGAAACCGCGACAGCUCACGAUGCGCUCGCACCGAGCCUGAAAGGACGCGACAAAAGGCCCGCGAGGGUGUACGGAAUCGAAUUUACUCCAGGACCAUAAUCCUGCCGGUAAUAGCGCAGAACUCGUCGAAAGAGCACGCGAUCCUUCGAAACUCCAUAGAAGAUAUGUCUCAAGUUCCUCUUAUCGCCACCGAAGAGAACCCGAUGGAAUCCACGAUUUGUAACAUGGUGAUUCUCGAGGCUGGUUUACCUGGAGAUACGUGGAGAUACUGCGUAGAAAGGGAACAACUGGCUGAAAGGUCGGAAUGGUUCCGUGCGAUGCUCAUCGGUCCUUUGGCACCUGCACCAAGCGAUCCUCCACCCGUGUUGAAACUGCAACACAUAGAGAAAAGAGCUUUCGAUUAUUUACUCAGAUACGUUCUCGAUGAGCCGAUCAAUUUUCAAUCUGUGACUACAGCCCGAACAACCCUCGACGCGGCUCAUCAGUAUCUCUGUCCAGAAUUGGCAAGACUGGCCGUUGAAUACCUCGAAAGGAAUUUAAACUCGAACACCGUGCUCGAAAUCUACCAGGGACUCAGUCUUUACGCGAACCACGUAACUUCUAGUUUCAACUCACCCACGGCUCCUCCGGCCCCCGAUGACGAUGCUGGUGAAAUAGCCGCAGUCUGUACGCGACUUCUCCUGGCUUGUCUGGAUGUGAUCGACUCGGAACCGGAAGCGGUUUUCAGCCAGGAACACUUCGAGGAGUUAAGCUGCACCGAGGUGGAAGAACUGGCGUGUCGAGACACUCUGAGGUUGACCAACGAGUCGAUAUUGUUCCACGCGUUGGACAGGUGGACCGCGUCCAAGUGCAGAAGAAACGGAGUCGAGCCAUCAGCCAGCAACAAGAGAUCCGCUCUUUCGGACGAUGUCUGGUAUAGUGUUCGAUAUUCUCUUAUGACUGAUAGAGAGUUCAUCGAGGGCCCUAUGGCGAGUGGGAUCCUAUCUAGCGAGGAGUCGGCUUAUAUCGUUGCUAGAAUUUUGGGACACACGGAUAAUCAGGAAGGAGAGGAGAUAGUACACCUUUAUCUGUCCAUGGUUUACUGAUUCAACAGUGCGUCCAAAUCCCAUCUACACCAGAUUCAUUUAUUCAAUCGUCUAUUUUAGUUUUCGGCUAUCUUUUGUAUGGUAUACUGUCCUAAAUGUGGUUUUAUUCUAAUACUUUCUCAUCUCUUUCGUAUGAUGUGUUGAAGAAAAUGAAAUGACAAUUUUUUCGCAUUUCGCGAAAUUGAAUAAAAACGAAACGCUCGGUUUAUCUUCGUGAUACAUUAACGCGUCUAUACACAAGGUGCAACAUGACAGUUAGAAAAUAUAGAAUAAACAAUAAACUUGAAGAUACGAAAUUUAGUGGGAGAUAUGACAGGCGUAGAAGAACGAUUCGAAGUUCGGUGAAUGGACCAUUGCUGAGGCUAACCAAUAAUCCAAGGGUCGAUGUGAGAAUGUACGAAGAUCAAAAUUGCAGAAUGUCGAAAUCAGGAAAGAAAGAGUGCCAGGACAAUCGGAAAAACAGAAGAAAAGAAUGCGUGAAUCAGGGACAGAGGACUUGCGCGAGAAUCGGCAACUGUCUCGUGCGAGUUCUCGCCUGUAUUUUCGACUGAACGACAUUUAGUAUGGGACCAAGACGAAGAAGAGUCGAGGAAUUCCCCACCGAGAACUAAUUUCUUUUCUAUCAUUUCCCGAGUCUUUGUCACCACAUCAUUGCGUGAAAUUUCUCGCGUCUCGAUUUCUUAGAAUUUCAGCAGAGUUAUAUUAAUUUAGGUACUAGGGAUGAGCCGAUAUUAACACUCGCCUGCCACACUGCUGAAAAAUAUCAAAAUUUGCCUUAUAGAUCUCCUUUCGUUUUCAUGAUGCAUUUUUCUUCUUUUAUUUUAUUUCACAAAUAACGGAUGCUGUACUGAUGGCAAGAAAGCUGAAAGAGGCUGAAAUUUAAUUAUACAACACGUUUGUUAAUAUCCUUUCUUUUUUUUUUUUUUUU